AAUUUGACGACCCAUGGAGGAAAGUAUCUUGGAGGUAAGCACGUACUGACUGACCAAGCAUGGAGAAGAAUGCAAAGGAUGUUACAAUCAAUAUCAAGGGAUGUGCAUACAGUGUGCUAUGCUAAAUUGAUGAUAAAUCAUUGUCUCUGACAGUAAACAAAACAGGGAUGAGAUGGUGAGGGUCCUGAGGAACUUUGAACUGAAUGAUCCUGACGUGGGUCAGCUGAGAUGCCUGCUACAUGGACCAGUCGGAGCAGGGAAGUCCAGCUUCAUCAACUCAGUAAACAAUGUCUUCCAAGGACGCAUAACAUCUGGUGCCCUGGUUGCAGCUGCCUCUGGCACAAGCUUCACCAUGACAGUAAGUUACUAUAAAAUAGGAAUGUAGUGCCACUGAUCACAAAUCACUAUUAAUGGAUGAAACAUGGAUCCCUAGUAUACCUUUGUACACAAACACCUGCUAUGAUUAUGCUGUGUAAAUUCACCACCAGGGACACCUGAAGUCAAUAUUAAAUGAAUCGCUCUUUAUUGUCAGCAAGCUGGAGAGGUUCCAACAAACUUAAUGCACCAUAGUACACGUCGAUCGGGAGCUCUACCGGGUAGUCCCGUUAGUUCUCUUAUAUACUGCUUACACAGAAAGUUAUAUUAGCAUGAUUUACAUUAUUCAUCAUGAAUUCAUCAUUAACGUUUGGUUCAUGCAUAUGACCGACCAAUACCUCACAAGGUUUCUUCUCUCCAAGCUGAGUCCUUGAAACUGAGAUACCCAUUUAGGUUCUCAAAGCAAUGUUCUGGGCGUACAGCCAAAUUGCUUAUACUGAUAGUGAGGAUUCCUCCCAGGCACGAUCAAUCGGUCACUUGCAUGAACCCAGUUAAAUUGGUUAUUAGAAAAGCAGAAACAAAAAAAAACAUAUUUUCCUUCACAAGUGGGUUUUAAAAAUAUGUUUCUUUUCAGUACAAAACACACUACAUUAAAAAUGGAAAAUCCCGUCUGCCUUUUGCAUUCAAUGAUGUCAUGGGUCUGGAGGCACAAGAAAAUGGGAUGCAACCUGAAGACAUCAUCAGUGCUCUGAAGGGCCAUCUACCAGAAGGCUAUAAGGUAAACCAGAAUACACAAAUGUAUUCAUACACAUGCAAAUAAUAUUACACUGUAAAUGUAGCCUUCCUUCACCCAACAAACAAUGUCAAUAGUUCUGCUCUUUCUACACUCUUAGAAAAAAGGGUUCCAAAAGGGUUCUUCGGCUGUCCCAUAUGAGAACCCUUUUUGGUUCCAGGUAGAACGUUUUUAGGUUCCAUGUAGAACCUUUUCCACAGAGGGUUGCACAUGGAACCCAAAAGGGUUCUACCUGGAACCAAAAGGUUCUACCUUGAACCAAAAAGGGUUUUUCAAAAGGUUCUCCUAUGGAGUUUAGGUUCUAGAUGGCAAAAAAAUUUCUAAGAGUGUACCAACAUCAGCCAAAUAAUCACUUUUUUCAAUGCCAAAUUAAACAAAACAAACAAGUAAUAGUUUUAAACAGAUAAGUCCUUUCAGACCAGUCUUGUCUUUCCUUGUGCCAGUUCAAUCCUUGCUGGCCAUUAACUGAGGAAAGUGCAGAAUAUAAUAAGAAGCCUACGUCAAGUCACAAGGUUCACUGUUUGGUGAGUGUUGUGCCAGCAGACAAAAUCUCUCUCAUGACAAGUGAUGUCAUAGCCAAGAUGAGGAAAGUCAGAGAAAAAGCCAGUAAACUGGGUGAGCUCUUCCAACCCCUUUAUGUUUCUCUGUGUCUUUCUCACACUGUGUUUUUGAAAUGGCCUUUGGCUGUAGAUAGCUCUUGAUAUUCACUUUCACAAUUACUUGAAACAUUGUUACCUACUGUGCAUUCGGAAAGGAUUCAGACCCCUUGACUUUUUCCACAUUUUGUUACGUUACAGCCUUAUUCUAAAAUGGAUUAAAUCGUUUUUUCCCCUCAUCAAUGUACACACAAUACAAAGCAAAAAGCAGGUUUGUAGAUUUGUUUUGCAAAUGUAUAAAACAUUUAAACUUAAAUAUCACAUUUACAUAAGUAUCCAGACACUUUGCUCAGUACUUUUUUGAAGCACCUUUGGCAGCGAUUACAUCUCGAGUCUUCUUGGGUAUGACGGUACAAGCCUGGCACACCUGUAUUUGGGGAGUUUCUCCCAUUCUUCUCUGCAGAUCCUCUCAAGCUCUGUCAGGUUGGAUGGGGAGCGUCACUGCACAGCUAUUUUCAGGUCUCUCCAGAGAUGUUCGAUUGGGUUCAAGUCCGGGAUCUGUCUGGGCCACUCAAAGACAUUCAGAGACUUGUCCCAAAGCCACUCCAGCGUUGUCUUGGCCGUGUGCUUAGGGUUGUUGUCCUGUUGGAAGGUGAACCGUCACCCCAGUCUGAGGUAUUGAGCUCCCUGGAGCAGGUUUUCAUCAAGGACCUCUCUGUGUUUUACUCCGUUCAUCUAUCCCUCGAUCCUGACAAGUCUCUCAGUCCCUGCCGCUGAAAAACAUCUCCACAGCAUGAUGCUGCCACCAUCAUGCUUCACCAUAGGGCUGGUGCCAGGUUUCCUCGAGAGUUCAAUCUUGGUUUCGUCAGACUAGAGAAUCUUGUUUCUCAUGGUCUGAGUCCCUUAGGUGCCUUUCAUGUGCAUUUUACUGAGGAGUGGCUUCCUUCUGGCCAGUCUACCAUAAAGGUCUGAUUGGUGGAGUGCCUUUUACAGAGGAGUGGCUUCUGUCUGGCCACUCUACCAUAAAGGCCUGAAUGGUGGAGGGCUGCAAAGAUGGUUGUCCUUCUGGAAGGUUCUCCCAUCUCCACAGAGGAACUCUGGAGCUCUGUCAGAGUGACCUUCGGGUUCUUGGUCACCUCCCUGACCAAGGCCCUUCUCCCAUGAUUACUCAGUUUGGCCGGGCGGCCAGCUCUAUGAAGAGUCUUGGUGGUUCCAAACUUAUUCCAUUUAAGACUAAUGGAGGCCACUGUGUUAUUGGGGACCUUCAAUGCUGCAGACAUUUUUUCGUACCCUUUCCCAGAUCUGUGCCUCGGCAUAAUCCUGUCUCGGAUCUCUACGGACAAUUCCUUCGACCUCAUGGCUUGGUUUUUGCUCUGACAUGCACUGUCUACUGUGGGACCUUAUAUAGACUGGUGUGUGCCUUAACCAAAUCAUGGCCAAUCAAUUAAAUUUACCACAGGUGGACUCCAAUCAAGUUGUAGAAACAUCUCAAGGAUGAUCAAUGGAAACAGGAUGCACCUGAGCUGAAUUUCGAGUCUCAUAGCAAAGGGUCUGAAAACCUAUGUAAAUAAGGUAUUUCUGUUUUUAAUUUUUAAUACAUUUGCAAACAAUUCUAAAAACCUGUGAUCGCUUUGUCAUUAUGGAGUAUUGUGUGUAGAUUGAUUAGAUUAUAUAUAUGUAUUAAUCCAUUUUAGAAUAAGGCUGUAACAUAACAAUAUGUGGAAAAUGUCAAGGGCUCUGAAUACUUUCUGAAUGCACUGUAUAUAUUAGCCCUUCCAUUCUAUCAUUUCUAUAAACAGGAAUCCCUCAGGUUGUUGUCAUGACCAUGCCAGACAAGGCUUGUGAUCUGGUGGACAGGGAUGUGAAGAACAUCUACACCAGCAAGGCAAUCAAAGAGAAGGUAAGUCAUGUUUUACAUUACAUUAAUCCUGAAGUCACAUUCAAUCUUGAUUGUUCAGGUAAAGCAAAAGUUCUGCUCACUCAGGUAAAGCAAAAGUCCUGCUCACUCAGGUAAAGCAAAAGUCCUGCUUUCUCAGGUAAAACAAAAGGCUUGCUUACUCAGGUAAAGCAAAAGUCCUCGUUUCUCAGCUAAAGCAUAAGUCAUUUUUGUCCAACAUUUCUCAGAUGCAGAUCUGCAGUAAUGAGCUGGGUGUUCCCAUGAACUGCAUCCUACCGGUGAAAAACUACCAUGAGGAGGGGGUGCUGGAUGAUGAUAUGGACAUCCUGAUACUGAACGCCAUGACUCAGAUUAUGCAUUUUGCCAACGACUACCUCUGGGACCUCCAGCAACAUGCA